AUGAGCUUUCGAAAAUAUGCGUUAAUCACUGGUUCCAAUAGCGGCCUAGGCUUUGGAAUUGCCGCUCGUUUACUAGAAUUUUAUAAACCUAGAAUAGAGGAUGAGCCAGAAACGUUUACCAUCAUCUUGACAUGCAGGAGUCGUGCAAAAGCUGAAGAUGCUUGCAAAAGGUUAAAGGAGUUAUUUCCUGAAAGAAAAAUUAGACUGGAAUACGUUAUCCUAGAUUUGUCAAAUAUGCAAUCGGUUGAAGAAGCCGCUUUAGAAAUCAAAGCUCGAUACCCUAAGUUAGACUACGUUUACCUCAAUGCAGGAGCAUGGGAUCUACAAGGCAUAAAUUGGAUGCAAGCUAUAUUCGCUACGAUCAUGAAUCCCGUAAAGGCGCUUACUUAUCCAACUUUUUAUAAGGAAGCCAUGGGAAGUACUAGCGAGGAUUCAAUGGGCUAUAUUUUUCAAAGUAAUGUAUUUGGUCAUUAUUAUCUUAAAACGCGUCUUUGUGAACUAUCCGUUCUGGGAUCUUCUACUAAAGUAGUUUUAACUGGAAGUCUUGUAGCUAAAAAGGAAUCUCUCAACUUUGAUGAUAUACAAUGUCUACACGGCGAAAGACCUUACCAGUCAUCGAAGCGUUUAUUGGACAUUCUGCAUUAUGCUGAAAUCGAAAGCGGUCUCCCGUACCAGCAAUACCUUGUUCACCCAGGAUUGUGCACUACUAAUAUGUAUCAAACGUUUUUAGGUUUUAUUGUAAUAUUUGCCAAGCUCGGUUUUUGGCUUUGUCGUUUGUUGGGAAGUCCAUGGCAUACCGUCUCGCCUUACACAGCAGCGUAUGCUUUCCUUUGGAUAGCUACUCAAUCUCACAUUGAAGACGAAAAUAUAAAAUGGGGAAGUGCCACCACCAUGUCUGGAAAGGAAAAAAUUCUUCCCACGUCUAUUGAAUUAGUACUUCCUUCGGAUAAAACAAAAUCCAUGACCUAUAUGCAUGACUUAUAUAAAGAAUGGAAACAUAAACUCAAUGUGUCAUGA